AUGCAAAACUCCAAGAAAGGAUUACUUCCUUUUAGACAUGGAGUUCCUCUGUCUAAUGACCAAAGGCCUAAGACUCAAGAGGAAGUUGAUAUGAUGAGACAAGUUCCUUAUGCUUCUGUAGUGGGAAGUCUCAUGUAUGCCAUGCUUUGUACUAGACCAGAUAUCUGUUAUUCAAUUGGCAUGGUCAGCCGAUAUCAAUCAAAUCUAGGACCAAAACAUUGGCAAGCUGUAAAGCAUAUUCUCAAGUAUCUUCGAAGAACGAGAGAUUAUAUGCUUGUUUACCAUUGUGAGGAUUUGAUUCCCAUUGGCUAUACAGAUUUAGAUUUUCAAUCGAAUAUAGAUUUUAGAAAGUCCACAUCAAGAUGUGUUUUCACCUUGGGAGGUGGAGCCAUUAGUUGGAGGAGUAUUAAGCAAUCUUGUAUUGUAGACUCCACUAUGGAGGCAGAAUAUGUUGCUGCUUGUGAAGUAACAAAAGAAGCUGUCUGGCUUAAGAAAUUCCAUUCUGACCUUGGUGUAAUGAGAAUGAAGCAAGUUCCAAUCACAUUGUUUUGUGACAAUAGUGGAGCAGUUGCACAAUCUAAAGAUCCAAGGAAUCACAAGAAAGGAAAGAACAUUGAGAGGAAGUACCAUAUCAUUCGAGAUAUUGUUGCUCGUGGAAAUGUGGUGGUAGCAAAGAUUGAAAGUGCAAAUAAUCUAGCAGAUCCAUUUACUAAAGCGUUUCCCCAAAGGACUUUCGAGUUACAUUUGGAGGGAAUGAGAGUUAGAUUAGUGCACAAUAGUCUUUAG